GAGUUUGAUUUGAGUCGGGGCGCAUGUGAAACCAAAACCAAGCGGCAGUCGACGGCGACGGCGACUCGAAAACAGAAAAAAGCACCGAAAAAACGGAGAAAACGCACACGGAGCUGGAAAAAUCAAAGACAACAACACACAAACCGAAAUCGUAACAAUAUACGAUCUGAAAUUGGAGAAAAAUAUAACAUUUAGUGCUGCGUUCGCCAAAAAGGCAUUUGUUGUGCUAUAAAAUUCGGUUUUUUAUAUAUAAUUGUGACGAAAACUCCUUGCGCAUUUGGCGUUUCUUCUUCUCUUUUUUUUUGUUGUUUGUUUGAGUUUGCUGUGUGCGCGGUUUAAUUUUGAGAUUUCCCCCCGUCCCCCUUACGCUGGGGGGGUUUAAUUUUUUAAUGAAAACAAUCAGAAGGAGAGCGAACGUGUAGAACCAUAGCGAACCUGUUCCAUGCUAAUUCUACGGCCACCUGGCAGCUGAUUCGAACGAAAAAAAAAAACACACGAAAACCGUGAGGAGGAAGAGCAGCAGUCAGGAGAAGCUGGAGAAGAGGAAUAAGAAGAAGAAGAAGCAGGCGACGUGAACAAACACAAACAAAUACCAUUCACACAGACGACAUUCAUUCGUUUACUCGCUCGCACACACGUACAUACACCUACGCGAGCGCGCCAUGCUGUGACAACAACACAACAGCAACAACAAAAUACAAUAUAAAGAAAUAAACAACAACAAAGCCAAGCUUACAAGGAGCAUAGCGAUAAAGAGAAGGAGCGCCAACAAACGGUAUUCUGCUUGAUAUGCAUCGAAGGCUGAAGGAGAGCAGGAACCGAAACAAGACCAGAACCGGCAAAAGGAAGUUAAAAACGAGCCCUGCUUAACACCUUUCUCUCUCCCCACACCUGUGGAGUAUAUACCACUGAGAUUCCAAACCCCGAUUUGCCACUGCUCGAUAUCCUGACAAGAUGUACAAGUUGCUGGGUAGCCUCAAGAGCUACCUCAAAUGGCAGGACAUUCAAACGGAUAAUGCCGUCUUCCGUCUGCACAACUCCUUCACCACGGUGCUGCUGCUCACCUGUAGCCUGAUUAUAACCGCCACCCAAUAUGUGGGUCAGCCAAUCAGUUGCAUUGUCAACGGCGUACCACCGCAUGUGGUCAACACCUUUUGCUGGAUUCACAGCACCUUCACCAUGCCGGAUGCCUUCCGCAGACAGGUUGGCCGAGAAGUUGCCCAUCCCGGUGUGGCCAAUGAUUUUGGCGAUGAAGAUGCCAAGAAAUACUACACUUACUACCAAUGGGUUUGCUUUGUGCUCUUCUUUCAGGCAAUGGCUUGCUAUACGCCCAAGUUCCUGUGGAACAAAUUCGAAGGCGGCCUGAUGCGCAUGAUUGUGAUGGGGCUGAACAUUACGAUUUGCACACGCGAGGAAAAGGAGGCCAAACGUGAUGCCCUGCUCGAUUAUCUGAUCAAGCACGUAAAGCGCCACAAGCUGUACGCCAUCCGGUACUGGGCCUGUGAGGUGCUCUGCUGCGUGAACAUCAUUGUGCAGAUGUAUCUGAUGAAUCGCUUCUUUGACGGCGAGUUCCUUUCGUAUGGCACCAACAUAAUGAAACUAUCGGAUGUGCCGCAGGAGCAGCGUGUCGAUCCCAUGGUCUACGUCUUCCCCAGGGUCACCAAGUGCACCUUCCACAAAUAUGGUGCUUCUGGAUCCCUGCAGAAGCACGACUCCCUUUGCAUCCUGCCGCUGAACAUUGUCAACGAGAAGACAUAUGUGUUCAUUUGGUUCUGGUUCUGGAUUUUGCUUGUCCUGCUCAUCGGACUGAUGGUCUUCCGCGCCUGCAUCAUCUUCAUGCCAAAAUUCCGGCCCCGUCUGCUGAAUGCCCGCAAUCGCAUGAUUCCCAUGGAGAUUUGUCGCUCUCUGUCCCGGAAAUUGGACAUUGGCGACUGGUGGCUCAUCUACAUGCUGGGCCGCAAUCUUGAUCCAGUGAUCUACAAGGAUGUGAUGAGCGAGUUUGCCAAGCAGGUGGAGCCCUCCAAGCAUGACCGUGCCAAGUAAUUGAGUCUCGCGGGAUCCUCCGGAUGACGAACCCCCGAAUGAUACCAUACCCAUGCCCAUGCCCCAGAAAAUCCACUGACAUAGUUUUGACGUUACUUUUUGGACACCAGAGACACUCGACACCCGUCACACGACACCCCGGAUAUCCUUGUUUGGAUUAUUAUUUUUAUUUAGCACAAAUCAUACUACUUAGUUGAAACUCAAGCCCAGGACAGAGACGUGUCCCCUUCCCUCUUGGUAGUUCUGUGAUUGACCUGAUUCCUUGACUCACCUACCUUCCUAAUCCCUCUCCCUGGCCCCUCCAGAAAAACUAUCAUAAACAUGGAUUAAUCAAUGAUCACAACUCGAAUCGCUGGCAGAAAAUAACAUACAAACAAACAAAAAAAGACAAUCAAAUCCAA